AUGACGACCCCCCGAUCUAUCAAGUUCUCCUUCCUUGCUCGCGAACAGUCUGAAGGUGCCGGCGCCGUGGUCCGUCGCUCAAUCGGCACCCCCAAACUCAAGAACUUCACUCCCUUCCUAAUGCUCGACCACUUCCGCGUUCCUCCCGGCGCAGGCUUCCCCGACCACCCGCACCGCGGCCAAGAAACAAUCACAUACCUCCUCCAAGGCGGCGUGGACCACGAGGACUUCGCUGGCAACAAGGGCACCAUCGGCCCCGGUGAUUUACAAUUCAUGACGGCCGGUCGCGGCAUCAUGCACGCCGAAAUGCCCGUGCAAUCUGAAGAUAUCAAUGUUGGCAUGCAACUGUGGGUCGAUCUGCCCGCGAACCUGAAGAGCUGUGAACCACGGUACCGCGAUUUACGGGCUGAGGAAAUACCUGUGGCCAAGACGGAUGAUGGAAAAGUCAUGGUUAAAGUCAUCAGUGGUCGCAGCCAGGGCGUCGAGAGCCUGAAGGAUCUUGCGUACACACCUGUGUGGUUUCUGGAUGUGAGUGUCCAGCCUGGCGGUACGAUCACACAGGAGAUACCGAAGGGGUGGAACGCGUUUGCAUAUACGCUCGAGGGGCUUGUAACGUUCAACGACAAAGAAACGGUCACACCGUAUCAUAAUGUCGUUUUUGAGUCCGACGGGGACGUGGUGACUGCGCAAGUCGAGGACGGUGCGGACCAAGCUGCGAGAUUUAUUCUGAUCGCGGGACAGCCACUGGACCAGCCGGUUGUGCAGUAUGGGCCUUUCGUCACGACGAGUAAAGAGGAAGUUUACAAAGCGUUGAUGGACUUUCAGACGAGUAGCAAUGGGUUUGAACGCGCAGCGAACUGGGAAAGUGAGAUUGGAAAGACUAUGGGACGAGUGAGAUAG